ACCUCAAAAGAAGUAUUUUGACGAUGGAUAAACAUCAAUGCAUUCAAUCCUCCAUUAUACACAACAUCGGAACCCGUAUAACUUACUUCCCCACCCCAAUACACUAUAACGGGAUAAUGAUCCAUAUUCUGCACACACAAGCAUGUUUUUCCUGUGAUAUCACAUACACUUUAUUGUUGCUUGUGAGUAAGGGAAGUAUAAAUGUGUAUACAAGAAUGUGUAAUAUUAGAGCAUUAGAACACUUAUUAGAAGGGUCAAUUCAAAUAUAAAACUAACAACACCAUGAAUAUAUACUAAAUCUAUUAAACUAACCGUACGAAGUAGUAAACUUUCAUUGUAGCAUUUCAUCGAACACUUUAUAUGCAUACAAAAGAAAUCAUAAUAUUCAACUACAAAUGUGUAAAAUGUAAGCUUAAAUCAUGAAAUUAAGACAAUGUUACAAACAAUCAAUCUAUUAUAAGUUCAAAUGACAACAAUUAUGAACAAAAAAAUCAAUUUGCAAAUUGAAAAAAUUUAAGGUUAUAUUCAUACCUUAAAUGAGGAUGAUAAUGAACAAAUAAUGAAGGAGAAGAUGGCAAUGUAGUUGAUUGAUUUAGUUAAGUGAGAGAAAUUGCGAGUAUGAAGUAAUUGAAGAGUUUAGAAAAGUUUUUUUUUUUUUGUUUUUUUUAAUAAAAAAAACAGUCGAAUGAGGGAGGAAGUAAAAUAACAAAGCAGUAGUAGCAGGAGGAGGUUUUGUACCCUACCAAAACCGCUAUCUCAAGUGGCGGUUUAGCCUGAUAUAUAUUUUUUUCCAUGUAUUGCAAAACGCUAUUUCAUCUAACUGUUUUGUUUGAAUUCCUAAGUAAACUGCUGUUUGAGGUAGCGGUUUUAUAAAAAGAAAAGGAAAAAAAAUUUUCCCACCUAUCCUACCUGGACAGUAUUCAGGUAAAUAUUUUUCCUUUUGAGGCAUAUUGGGAAAUACUUUUAUGGUUAGCAUUAUUUUGGGAAAAAUUUCUAUGAAAAACUGUUUCUAUUUUAAGGUCUUGAAAGGAGCAUAAGAUUGUUCAUCACUAUUUGUCAAGGUUAAUUUAUCUUCCAUCCAAAACAAUUUAUUCAACUAUUUAACUAAAAUUUAUUACUCGGUAAAUUCUCCAACAAAAUACUUCUAUAACAUUAUCUUGUAAUUAAUGCCAUACCAUAUAAUAAGUUUAUUUACACUUCAACUUCAAAAUCAUAAGCUACAUCAUUCGCGUAGUUUAUUCAUUGAAUAAACACAUUUUUUCCAUGAGAAAAGUAGAAUAUGCUCAAAUCAUGAAGUAAAAAUGCGGUAAAGGUCAUAAUUGCGGUUAUGAAAACGGUAAUGCGGUAGCGGGAGUAAUGCAGUUAUCGUAAUGCUUAAAUAUAGUCGAAACCAUAAGAUAUCCCUUGAUAUGAUCCAAAAUGCGUUUUACGAUUCGUUAUUUUUAAAAAUCUUUACAGUGCGACUGACGCAAUACGAUGUGUCUUUAAGGUGUGGUUCAAACUUGCACCUGGAUGUGAUGCUCGAUUUGUUGAAAUUCUUAUGUUUCUUUCAAGUUUCAAGAGUAAUUUUGAAUGUUACUCAAUGGUUUAAUGGCUUAUUGAUAUUUUGAAGGUGAAGAUUCGAAUUUCAACUUAAAAAAUACAAUAAAAUUCCUAAAAUUUUGCUACAUAACUUUAAUAAAAUCUACCAAAAACAUCACAUAUAAAAACCGGAUACCCAUUAUCCCGUCCCGACUUAUCCAGAUAUCCGGAUAAAUUGGGCAGGGACACGGACCGUUAAAAAUGAUACCCGACUAACCAGGUACCCGCUAAUAAACACCCCUAAUUAUUACUCCUUGUCGGAAAUUCUUCCAAUCCCCAGUCGCCUUUGGCAAACGCAGCAAACACCAACCCCUAAUUAAACCCUGGUGCGGCUCUCGGUAAAAGAAGAGUAUCGAGUAUUAAGAGAGAAGAGAGGAGAGAAGAGCAUGGAAAAGGAGCAACUCAUCUCUGCUCUACAGUCCCAAAUUGAUUCCCUACAUUGCCAAAUCAAGGAUUUAGAGGUUGAAAAUGCUAAAUUGACGUCGCAACUUUCAAAUUGCUGUUGCACUAAGAUGGAGGAAACUACUAAUACUAUUGUAAGUAAUGAUGUAGUUUCUGUUGAAAAUCCUCAGAAGUUGGGUGGAAAAAGUGGCAAGAACAGGAAAACUAGGUUACAAGAUAAGAAUGAGAGCUUGUUGUAUCAUUAUUCCAAAAGAUACGUAGCCCUGAAAGUCAUGUAUUUUGGCCAGCGGUUUUACGGUUUUGCAUCAGAGGCUCAAAUGGAACCUACUGUUGAGUCUGAACUUUUUAGAGCUUUUGAGAAGACAAGGCUAUUAAUUGGUGACAGAAAAAGUUCACAGUACUCACGAUGUGGCAGAACAGAUAAAGGCGUCUCGGCUGCUGGGCAAGUCAUUGCUCUAUAUCUACGGUCAAACCUUAUUGCUGAAACAAGUUCCGCAGGAGUUAUUUUUGAAGGACGAUAUGAAGAAGAAAUUGAUUACGUGAGAAUACUAAAUAAAGUACUGCCAAAAGAUAUUCGGAUCAUAGGUUGGUCUCCAGUGCCUAUGACUUUUCAUGCGAGGUUUGGCUGUGUAAGCAGGGAGUACAAAUACUUUUUUUGGCGUGAGAAUCUUGACAUAUCGGCCAUGCAGACUGCAGCUAAGAAGUUUCUGGGUGAACAUGACUUUAGGAGCUUCUGUAAAAUGGAUGCAGUGAAUGUGCACAACUAUAAGCGAUGUAUUACUUCAUUUAAUGUCACCCCAAGCAGAGAAAAGUUUAGAGACAAAGAAAUAUGGGUCAUCACAAUUAGAGGUAGUGCAUUCUUAUGGCAUCAGGUCCGAUGCAUGGUUGCUAUAUUAUUUAUGAUUGGACAAGGCCUGGAGUCAGCAGAAGUUGUUGAUGUCUUACUGGAUAUACGGAGGACACUAAGAAAGCCUCAAUAUACAAUGGCCCCGGAAUUGCCAUUGGUUCUGCAUUCUUGUGAAUUUGAAGGUCUACGGUUUUUUUCUUCAGCAGUUGCAAGGCAAGCAUUGCUUGCUCACCUGACAAAUGAAUGCCAGAAUCUUAUGCUGCAAUUUGCUAUUUUCCAUGAUGCUUUGGAUAGCUGUUUGUUACAAGAUGACGAUGAAGUAGGGGCUUCACUUGCAAAAGCUUCAGAGACGAAGAAAUGUCCUCACAUUCCUCUGUUAAUGAGGCCAACUGAGCCAUCAUAUGAAGAGCGACGCACCAAAUUCAAAUCAGGAAGCUUAAAACAAUAGUUUGAUGACGCCAAGGAGCUAACACAAACCAAUAUACUGAAGCUUUCUCGUUACUCAUGCAUUGCGUCAACUUCACUCACUUUUUGCAACUUAUGAUUAUGAUUAUAUUUGAGCAUCCAAUAAGUUUUAUAAAUGAUAUUAUGUUAGUAAUUUAUGACAAAGUACAUUUAUGUAAUGCUUAACCUUUGAGUUUCAAAAUUUCACUCUUUAUAAACAUUUUUCCCCAUAAUUUAAUUAGUACUUCAUUGUUCUUAGACAUUGACCAACAUGUCCCUUACUUUUUCUAACUGGGAUGUGGGAAUGUGGUUAAUUAGCGGUUUAAUUUUCAUCAAUUGUAAAUUUAAGCUUAACAAUUUAGAGAAAGUCUUGUAUGGAUUGGGUCUAUACAAUUUUGGUGUAUAUCAAUUUUAAAAAGGUAUUUCCUCUGUUCCA